AUGCCCAACAAGAGAAAAGCCACCAUGCCGAACCCCUCCUCGAAACGUCCUCGGAUAUCUUAUGAUGAGGAUGACGAUGACGAAUCUUCAACGGCAUCUUAUGAGCGUCCCCGUCAGCAUCCCCUCUAUGGCCAGAAGAGCGCAUUCCCGGGAUUGGAUGAUGGAGGUGAUGAAUUGCGGUACGAUGACCCGGAGGAUGGACUGGAAUAUUUACGCAUGGUUCGAUCGGAAGCAAACUCACUACCGGUACUUUUUUCCGCGACUACUCCGACCACAGACCCCUCAAAUAUAGUAUCGGACACACAGCGCGAUCUGAAGCCACUUGGACCAAAUGACCCUCCCCUGCCAGCAGGCUUUUACGAGGACGAAGCCUAUAUUGCUCCUGUGGAGGAUCUGAACGAAGAAAAGGCCGCAAAUUCCCCUUCAAAGCUCGAUGAACUCUAUCCCGAUGCGCAAAGAUCCUACAACAAUCUUCUCCGACAUCGAUUCAUCCUCUUACGAUCGACCCUACGAUGCAGUCCACCCGCUGGUGCUAUCGACACUCUCGACGAUGACCACCCAAUCAGUCUCCCCCGAAAGGCCGGAUCUGCACAUAAAACAUGGCGCCGGCUUUUGGUCACAGUCGAACCACGCAUGGUUCAACUGGCAAGCAUGGACAUGGAAAGCGUGUUAGAAGUGCUGGAGAUACUGGCGCGGAUGAUGUCUGAUGUUGUGCGGGGUGACGACACCCAGCGUGUACGGCGCAUUGGAGCAUGGGCUUGGGGCUUGUUGGGGAAGUGCCGCGAGGUUGGGCAACUUUCUACUCGGGAGGUAGGGGUUGUUCGCAGUCUGGGUAAACGAGCUGCAACGAUUUUGCGCAAGGUGCAAGAGCUAGAGUACGACGACUAUGAGGAGGACGUCGAUUACUCUGUGACAGACACACCAAGAGGGGAAACUAAGCAGGGUAAUAUCGUUGAGGAUGAGAAGAAUACCAAGGAAGAAGCUCAGCAGAGCUCUACAGUCCAAAAUGAGGAAGCAACUAGGCAGGGAACUCAGCCGGAACCUACAGCUCAAGGUGAGGAAGAGAUUAAGGAAGAGACUCAGCUGGAGCCUACAGUGAGGAGUGAGGAGGAAAGCAAGCCGGAAGAAUUGCCGGAGGCUGCGGAAGCACAUGACUCUAGCAUGGCUGAUGCAUCGCUCGAAGAAUCCGACUUGGAGGCUGCCAAGGCGCGUUUGCAAGCUAGGCUGCAGAACAAUUCCGACUCUGUCGAGGCACCUGCUAGAUGUGAUGAUAUUGAAGAAGACGAUCGGUCGAUACAGACCCAUGCGCUGCUCGACAUGAUCAUUACAGUGGUUGGUGAGUUCUUCGGCCAGCGGGAUCUGUUGGAGGAACGAGAGAUAUGGGAUUAG